GAGCAUGUUGAGUGAACAUGGCUGAAGCCAACCUGCAAUCUACUAAAAACCCGUAUUUACACAUAGCUAAAACGUUUCUUGCUGGUGGCGUUGCAGGAUGUUGUGCCAAGACAGCAAUUGCCCCUCUAGAUCGUGUGAAAAUCCUGCUGCAGGCUCACAAAGUUCAUUACAACAACCUAGGUGUCAUGUCCACAUUGACCCAGGUGGUGAAAAUUGAAGGCUUCCUUGGUCUUUAUAAAGGAAAUGGAGCACAGAUGGUGCGAAUCUUCCCCUACUCUGCUGUGCAGUUUGUAGCUUAUGAACAAUAUAGAAAGGUGCUAAGACAUACUUUAGGAUUCCAGUCAACUGCCAGCAAGUUAGCUGAAGGAUCUCUAGCAGGCAUGACAGCUGUGAUAACCACAUACCCUCUGGAUGUUGUCAGGGCAAGACUAGCCUUCCAGAGCCUAGGUGAAAUACAAUACAGAGGAAUCGUCCAUACAUUGAAUAGAAUAUUAACCAAGGAGGGUGGGUUAAAGGGAAUGUACCGCGGUAUCACGCCAACAUUGCUCGGGAUGAUUCCGUAUGCAGGUAUUUCAUUUUAUGUGUUUGAAGUAUUGAAGAAAUUUUGUCUGAAAAGCUUCCCAAAUGUAACUGGUACACCAUAUGCUGAUGGUUUGACACUGACGAUGCCUGCCAAGCUGUUUUGUGGAGCCCUGGCUGGGGCUAUGGCUCAAACUGUUUCAUAUCCUCUUGACGUGGCAAGGAGAAACAUGCAACUUUCAACGUUACUUCCAAAUGCCGAAAAAUACUCGAGCUGUUAUCAAACCUUAAGGACAAUCUACAUGGAACAUGGGAUCUAUAAAGGUUUAUAUAGAGGACUGACAGUCAACUAUAUGCGAGUACCACCAAUGGUGGCUGUGUCUUUCACAGUAUACGAAACAAUGCGUCAGUUGUUACACAUGGACGUCAGUGUGGAUCGGUGAUACAUGGACCAAUCAGACUCUGAAAUAUUCCAGUUAUACUACCAAUGCAAAGACCUGUGACUUACUGUGUGACCAACUAUUUACUAGCAAUGCAAAGACCAGUGACUUACACUAAAACCAGCUGGUCACAGUUCUUUGCAUUUUUGGAAAGCAGCUUGUAUAAUAAGCAACUCACCUGCUAAAUUUUGUUCCAAGUGUCCACCGUAAAGCGGUCUCAAAAUGGUCUCUUUCAACUUUUGUGAGGGUUUUAAAUGGCCAGCAAUUACUUCCCAGUAUCGAUGACUUGCUUGACGUAAUGGCAGAUGACGUCAAGAACAGAGCCCUGUCGCUUGUCACAAGCAAUGUGGCUGUAUUGCAUUUUCUGCCAUUACGUUAUGCAAGUCAUCUAUACAUUGAAGGCAAGGACUACUUAAAAAAGUUUGGGGUUAGCAGUCUUAAGAAAAUUGUGUUUUGCUUUGUGCUAUACAUUAUUUUGAUGUGAUGAUAUUUCUUCAACAUACAGUAUACCAAGGGCAUGAAAACUGGUAAUCAUAUAAAAAAAUUUCAUUCAAUUAAUUGGCAUCUUCACUUGAAUCCGAAAAUUUCAGCAGCAAACCGCGAUAAUUAGUCCACCCCUAAUGAGUAGUACAUGUAUUAUCAAAAUCUUGAUGACUUGAGUUUUUCGAGUUACAUCCAUAAAUGACACAUUUUCCUCUGUGAACUUGAGCUGCACUGAUUAGAUGAAGGGCCACCAGCUUUUUGUGAUGUACAUGUUUUUUGGUUCAGUCAGGAAUGCACAUCUGGGAGGUGUGCUUAACUGCCUCAAAACGUCAUCUUCUUUGUAGUAGGAAGAGGAUGUGUUUUACGGAAAGUCACAACUCUGACUGCUGUGAAUCUAGGGUUGUUGCAAUUUUUGCUGACCUAAAUAGUGUCAUUGUUGUAAAGCCACUGUUAUUAAAUGAACAAUUGUUUUAUAAGUGAACUAAUAAUUUUUUUGUUUUGAAAAUGUUGAAUGUGUAAAUAUUUACAAAUUAAAGUUAAGAAUACAUGAA